AUGAGGUUAUUUGUGACUAUUAUUUUAGCCGCCGUUAUUCUCUUAGUUUUUGCAUUAGGUAUUUUUCUUUUGAUUCCGUUCCCUAUUGCUAUUUUUCAAUCUAUCGUCGAUUCACAAGUUUAUCUACAACAAAAAGCCGACGGCCAAUAUCCAACGGGUACAUUCUACUGGUCUAAAAUCCCCGCAGUGCAAGUUUGGACCUUCAAAUUAUUCAACGUCACAAAUCCGGACGAAGUUCUUUAUUAUGGUGCCACUCCUGCCAUGCUCGAAAUCGGACCAUAUACCUACACCGAAACGGAAUUCAAAGACUUCAUUGAGUUCCGGAACAAUGAUAAUGAAGUAUUUUAUCAGAACAAUAAGACAUGGGUUUAUGAUCAAUCACGCUCAUGCGAUUGGUGUUUUCAAAAUGAUAGUGUGCAAUUUGCCAACACUGCAUACAUGAGUGCUGUAUUUAUGCAAAUCUAUCAACCUGCCGGCCCACUUGUCAACUUUGGAAUGGACCUCCUCACAAUUCUUCUUGGAGAACAACCAAUUAGAACAGUCACAACUGCCGGAACUCUUUUCGAUGGCUACAAUGACCCUCUUAUCACAUUGAUUAACAGUCCGCUUACCAAGGUUUUGCUGUCUAUUUUGGGAAAUCCGAUUCAGUUGCCACAAGUACCAAUGGGAGGAUUCUUCCCAAAAUAUAGUCACACCUGCGAUGGAAACUACACUAUCAGAACUGGAAAGGACAAUACUGACUACACUGGACAAAUCACCUCAUGGAAUGACAUGACUCACUUGCCAUGGUGGAAUACAUCAGACACUAGCGAUAUCAGGGGAACUUGUGAUGGAACUAUCCAGAAACCAGGACUCCAGAAAAAAGAUUCAGUUGUUCAAUUCCAGUCUUUUGUGUGCAGAAAAUACAACCUUCACUACUCGGAAAGCAAAACUGUGAACAGUAUUCCAACAUAUGGGUUCAAGAUUGAAGAUGACUCUUAUGACGCUAUCAAGAACCCUGGCUACCGAUACCCCAAUUUAGAGAAAGUGAACUAUUUUCCCAACUGGCCAUGCGGUCUCAACCACACAAAAGUGGACAACGGAAAUUGUGGCAUGGUGAAUUGUAAUCUAUUCGAUAACUUCUGUAAUCCGUGUUGCGAUGGGUCACACAUCAACGGGACUUAUGUAAUGCCACCAGGAAUGGUUCCCCAGCAAUGUAUCCCUGGACAGAAUGUUCCGUUGCCAUUUGGAGGAAUUUUGUCAGCACCUCACUUUUAUGGAUCCCCGGAUGUGAUUACUGAUUCUAUGAUUGGAAUUCAUCCUGACCCAGAACUCCAUCAUCCUGGAACGUUUUACAUUAAUCCGACAACCGGCAGUAGCAUAGGUGGAAAUUUCCGAAUGAUGUUAUCGAUUCCAGUGUUCAAAUCACUUUCUUGGACAACAAUGUCAAACGUUGCCAACUCAAUUAUGCCUUCAUUCACUCUUACAAUUGGAGUAGAAAUGAGAGACUAUGCUGUUAACUACAUUUACUUCAACACAGUAACGCUACCAAAUAUCAUUUUGGGUGUUGGUAUUGGUCUGACGGCUAUCUCUCUCAUCGCUGUACUCCUUUGGGGAUUCUGCUAUUUCCGAAAGAAGAGAAACCAAAAACCUUUUGUUUUGCAACAACAUCAAACUGAACCAGCGUGGAGUAUUGGUGAAUAA